AUGAUGCAGUUCCCACCAGCAGACACCACAAGCACGAGUGCCGCCACGUCCUCACUCACAAUGGCUUCCCAUUCAAAAGAUCGCAUAUCCUACUACUACUCGCCUGGCGUCGGCGAAUACCAUUAUGGAGAAGGACAUCCAAUGAAACCACCGCGACUCGCUCUCACACAUAAUCUCAUUCUCGCUUAUGGCCUCACAAGAAAAAUGGACGUGUUUAAACCCAGAAAGGCAGAGGAUGUCGAGAUUACAGAGUUUCAUGCCGAAGAUUAUGUCGAAUUCUUGAAAAGAGUCACCCCAGACAAUGUAAACAACUUUCAGAAGUUCCUGACUAGAUUCAAUGUCGGUGUGGAAGACUGUCCCGUAUUUGAUGGAAUGUAUGAUUUCUGUCGUCUGUAUUCAGGAGGAUCCAUAGCUGCUGCUCGAAGACUCGUCACUGAAAAGACAGACAUUGCCAUAAAUUGGUCGGGUGGGCUGCAUCAUGCUAAAAAGUUUGAGGCUUCUGGAUUCUGUUAUAUAAAUGAUAUCGUGCUUGCUAUAUUAGAGUUGUUGAGGUUUUAUCCGAGAGUAUUAUAUGUAGACAUCGAUGUACAUCACGGUGAUGGUGUACAAGAAGCCUUCUACCAAACAGACCGAGUCAUGACCGUAUCCCUGCACCGCUACGAUGGCCUCUUUUUCCCAGGAACAGGAUCUCUAGACGAAAUUGGUUCAAAAGCAGGCAAAAACUAUUCCAUAAACGUGCCCCUCCAAGAACACAUUGACGACGAUGCCUACUUUUACGUCUUCAAGCACGUAAUGCAGAACGUCAUGGACACAUACCGCCCAUCCGCAAUAGUGCUACAAUGUGGCGCCGACUCGCUCGCAUCUGAUCGUCUAGGCUGUUUUAAUCUGAGUAUCAAAGGGCAUGGCAACUGUGUUAAAUUCAUGAAGGGGUUCAAGGUGCCCAUGAUGGUAUUAGGUGGUGGUGGAUAUACUAUACGGAACGUAUCUAGAUGCUGGACGUACGAGACCGGUAUUCUGACUGACACGGAACUCCCCAAUGAAAUACCAAAGACUACCGACUAUUACUCGCACUAUGCACCAGACUACAAGCUCCACCCGCCUAUAGUCGACAACCACGCAAACAAUAACAAUACACGGCAGUACCUCGACAACGUCCGCUAUCAAAUAGCCCAGUACCUGAAGUACGUCGGCGGGGCACCGAGUGUGCAAAUGCAGGAAAUACCACCGGGUCUAACAGGUUUCCAGGAAUAUAACGAUUGGGAUCGAGUGCCGGAUCAGAUUGAAGACUCGAGACCUGAUGUGCGUGUAGAUGGGUUAAGUGGACGUGCUACUAUGGAGCAGGUCGCUGACGCUAAUUCGUCGAGGAGGGCGAGAGAGGUGGUCGAGUUUGAUGAGAGGGAGUAUUAUGAUGAGAGUGGGGAUGUGGAUCGCGAUGGUGGGGUUGAUAUAAUGGGGACGUAA